UCCCGUGACCCCCUUCCCUCCGGUUUGGGGCUCCUAGCGGGGACCAGGCGGAGCAGCGUUGCUCCCGGCCGGAGGGGGAGACGCUGCCGCCGGGCAGUGAGUUCUUCUCCGGACCGGGGUGUGUUCACGGCGGGCGGGUCUCUGCUGGAGGCCCCGCUGGAGCCAAAUCUCAGACUUCACGCUGAUGGCCUCGUUUCAUUUAUAUAUAUAUUUUAAAUUUUUCAUAACUUAUUCAAAUUUGACUUUAAUUAUUCAUCACAACUGAAAAUUAGACCAAUCAAUGUGACGCUACUUCCUCAUAAAACCGUAAAGACUCAAAACCUUUUAAAUAUACUUCUCAUACUAAUGAACACACUAAAGACAGAGAUCACGUGUUCCGGAACAUUCCACGGUGCUGCGCGGGAGCGCGCCCGGUGAGUCAAGCGGGAGCGCGCAUAUCUUUGGCGCGCGAGGUUUUAAAGCUGGAAGUAAAGCGGAAGCUCGUUUCAUUUAGAAAGCGCAGCGUGGAUUUAACAAUGUUCGUGACACCGAUAACUUUACUAUGUCUUCUUCCCUUCGUGGCCGGAGCGUCUCGUGCCGUUUGCCCGGAUUCCCCGAUAGUGGCGGCAGAAGGAAGCGCCGUCACUCUGCCGUGUCACCUGGAGCCCCAGGUGAACGUCCAGAGCCGCACGGUGGACUGGAGGAGGCUGGACAGCUGUGUGCAGGUCCUCCCCGGGCGGGUCCUCCCCGGGCUGGUCCACGGUUAUCGAUACCGGAAGCAGAACCUGAACGACCAGCGCGUUGAGUUCAGGAACAGGACGACGCUCCACGGAGACCUGAGCAGAGGGAACCUGUCGCUGCUCAUCUCCUCGGUGACUCCGAAGGACUCUGGAUCGUACAGGUGCUUCGUCUCCAAGCCGGACCACGUCUGCUGCGUCAACCUCACUGUUGAACCCAGAGACCAAGAGGACCGGACAACGAGACCUGGUUCCAGCUCCGCUGUCGCUCCAGUGGAAGAGGAACCAGACGCAGAAGAUCGAGAUGCUGCAAAGAACUCGACUGUGUGGAUCGUCGUCGUCGUCGUUGUUGUUGUUGCUCUUUUUGUUGUUGCUCUUCUUCUGAGGAAUCGUAAAACAAUCAAGAAGAUGUUCAGAUGGACGAGGACGAGGACGCCCGGCGUUGGAAUGGUAACCAUGACGACCCGACAAACGGAGGCGCAUGGAGAGCGUCCCGUCGAGGCCGGAGAGCCGUUGGUCGCUGACGAGAACCGCUCAUCCGGUUGAUUUAAGGACCGUUUUAUUGAUCUGCAUUUUAAUUUACCCCCCAAAAAUAUACGCCGACAGCCUCUUCAGACGUCGGAGAGAGAGGAGCGCCUUCUAGUCUGCUGAUUUUAAACGUAUUUAAUUUGAGAUUAUUUAUUCUACUUGAAAUACCAUUUGAAGAAGUGGACUUGCCCAGGUGCAUGAUGGGAAAACCGCCUGGCCUGUCGCCGGAUCAAAGAGCUGAUUGGCUCCCGGCUUUUAAAACAAAAUCCACGUUUUUGUCAAAACAAAAAGGAUUUUCUGUGAAAUCAUCAUAUUUAACACGACCAUGUUGUGCAAUGAAGGUUUAAUUGUAAAAAAAAAAAAAGGCAACGUUGUUACAGUAUUCUUUCAUAAAAAGUAUGAAAAGCUAAUAAUUAUGCGGCUAAUUGGGGCUCGAGAACCUUUUGCCUGAGUUUCCAACUCGAAGGCCCGAGAACAAUGAGUUGCAGGAGGAGCCCCGGCUCCUGGUUCUCCCCAUUUAGCAACGUUAGCAUCGUUAGCUGUGAGGCGCCGACUCGCCGUGUGUGUGUGCGUGUGUGUGUGUGUGUGUGUGUGUGUGCGUGUGUGUGUGUGUGUGUGUGUGUGUGUGUGUGUGUGUGUGUGUGUGUGUGUGUGUGUGUGUGUGUGUGUGUGUGAUAAGUCGUUCGCAGAAUGGAAUUGAUUUUUGUCUCGUGAUGUUUUAUUUCCUUUGUUUUGUCAUUAUUUCCUGUCUCUUUGUAGUUUAUUGUAGCGUGAGUAACUUCAUGACAGUUCCAGUCGCUGAUAGACGCUGCAGCACUUCUCUCUGAAUGUUUUGGCCAACGAGCUGAGUGGAUGUGAGCUUCUUACCAACAUUUUGGGGAUCCUGUUUCUAUUAAAUCCAUAAGUCGGGUGCUGUAAUGCAGGUGGAGGAUUUAAACACUAAACGGUGUAACGGUGUUUGCUCACCUGGUCACACAGGUGAGCCUCCUGUUCUCCCUUUGUCAACUAAGAGCAGAACCCCUGUGCUCAUGUCAAUCAAAUAAAUAUAUACUGUAUAUACACA